AUGCCAGAGAUGUCUAAUAAGGAAUCUUCUAAAAUUCUUAAGAAUACCUUUGUAAAGAUUUCUCCCACAAGGAUGUACUUCAUGUUUGGUCAAAUAUCAUUAUUUGAUAGUUUCACUCAGCGUGUGGUCCUCGACAAGUCUGGAGAUCUAGCAGCAUACUAUAGAAUUAGUGGUAGCAAUUGGAAUCUUAUCUGGUCUAUACCUCAAGACCUUUUCCUUGUUUAUAAUCUAUGCAGGGCUUAUAGAGCAUGCAACAGGAACAAUCUUCAAUUCUGCUACGGUCUCGAAGGCUUCAAACCAAGAGACAAUCGCGCCUGGUUUUCACAAGAUUUGUGGUUAAGCAGAUGUGUUCAAUGUAGUAGCUCUACCACCAAUGGUACUACUCAUGGUUUCUUACAUAAGAACAACAUAUUCGUAGCUGGGGAAAAAGUAGUUUCAUAUUCCCAAUACCCAACUCUAUCAACAUACAGAGCUGCAUGUCGGGAAAAUUGCUCCUGCAAAGCCUUUGAUCACACUCCUCCCAUCUAUAGAAUGUGGUUUGGGGAUCUGUUCAAUGUUUGUUUUGCAUCCAUAUCCAGUGGAGGCAAUAACCAAGGUAUUGUCCUUUCAAUUUCACUUCUUGCAAGCACUGUUUUCAUUCUUAUUCCAGCUUUCCUUGUUAUAAUGUUUCUUCAGAGGAGGCGUAGAAUGCUGGGAAAGGGAGGAGAUAUGGAAGGUGAGCUUAUACCUGCUUCACUUAGAACAUUCACUUACAAGGAGCUGCGAAUUGCAACCAACAAUUUCAAAUAUAAGUUAGGAAAAGGAGCAUUUGGCUGUGUCUUUAGAGCUCUCCUAGACAAUACCCUUGUAGCAGUUAAAAAAUUAGAGGGGUCUACACAGGUAGAAAAGAAGUUUCAUGUAGAAAUAAGCAUAAUUGGAAACAUACAGCAUGUCCAUUUGGUUCGGCUUUGUGGGUUUUGCACAGAAGAAUCACAAAGGCUGUUGGUUUACGAGUACAUGCCCAAUAGAUCUCUCAAUUCCUUUCUAUUUGCUGGAUCACAAAAGUUGCUGGAUUGGAAGACACGAUUCGAGAUCACUUUGGGCAAUGCAUGA